AUGCCAGCAGUACUCAAACUUGUCUCCCUGCAUCUUGAUGCCAAGAAGGUCUGGGAGAGAUCCCAUAGGAAAGUGUGGCUGGCGCUGCAGCUGACAGCCCACAGUGCCGGCUGGCGCCCCUCUGCACCCACUGGGGGAGGGGUGUUUUGUGAGCUGUGGACAGCUGCAAGAGGAGGCGCGGGCUUCCUGCUAGCCUGUCUGCAGCCCAUUGUCCAGCCCCAUAUCUCUGGAGUUGAUGACAGUGCUGAGAGGAUCACUGAUUGCAGUUAUCCCCGCCGCCCAGGGAGGGUCCAAGAUGUGGAGUGGAAUUACCCGGGCCGCGGGUCCCCGCGGAGCACUGAGCAUAACGGUCGGGGUAGCGGAGGCUGGGAGCUGGGCUAAAAUGCCAGGUCGGCAUUGGGCUGCAGCUUCUGCUGCUUCCAGCAUCUGCCGGGCGGGGAGCCGGACCAAGGCAGCGUGCCCCUAACCCUGCUGCGCGGGGAGCCCGGGCUGCACUUGGCGCUGGUCGCCGAGGACCUCAACCACCUGGCGCAGGAGUCCUGCCUCAGUGACGAGAACUGUGAUUUCAGCUCCGCCUAGAAGGGGUCCUCACUGCGCUACUACAUUAAGGGCGGGAGCGGCGGCGGCGGCAGCGGCAGCACCCCGUCGCUGCCGCCGCCACAGCAGCCGCCGCUGGUCGCGACGAACUCGGGGGGCAGUGGGGCUGCGGGAGUGGGUUUUGAGGAGAGGAAGCAAACCCGGCCCGGCGGCCCAGCAGCCCGACACCGCUACGAGGGGGUGACGGAGCUUGGCCCGGAGAAGGUUCGCUGGUUCUACAAGGAAGACAAGAAGACCUGGAAGCCCUUCAUCGGCUACGAUUCUCUCCGCAUCGAGCUAGCUUUCCGGACCCUGCUGCAAGCCACUAGCGCUCGGCCCCAGCCCGAGGGCCCGGAUAACCAGCAUGUGUGCGGCCGGACUUCCCCGCUGGGCCCGCCCUCUAGCUCCGAAGAGGAAGAGGAGGAGGACCGCGCUUGCGGCUUCUGCUUGAGCGCGGCUGGGCAUGAGCCCCAAAUGGAGGAGCUGGUGAACAUUGAGUCGGUUUGCGUGCGCCGCGGCCUCUAUGAGGUGGAUGUGACCCAAGGAGAGUGCUACCCGGUGUACUGGAACCAGGCUGAUGAAAUACCAGUAAUGCGUGGACAGUGGUUUAUUGACGGUACUUGGCAGCCUCUAGAAGAAGAAGAAAGUAAUUUAAUUGAGCAAGAACAUCUCAGAUGUUUUAGGGGUCAGCAGAUGCAGGGAAAUUUUGAUCUUGAAGUGUCAAAAUCCUUAGACGGAAAAGAUGUUGUCCACCACCUCCCUCCCUUCUCCCUCCCUUUUCUGUUCAAAUGGAGAGGAUAUAAGGAGAGUACAGAUGCAGCAGGUCUUAAAAGAAAGCGCUCCCAAGCUAUUUAUAGUUUCAAAUUGAGUCGAAACCACGUGGACUGGCACAGUAUGGAUGAAGUAUAUCUUUAUAGUGAUGCGAUCACAUCUAAAAUUGCAAGAACAGUCACCCAAAAACUAGGAUUUUCUAAAGCAUCAAGUAGUGGGACCAGACUUCGUAGAGGUUAUGUAGAAGAAGCCACAGUAGAAGACAAGCCGUCACAGACUACCCACAUUGUGUUUGUUGUGCAUGGCAUUGGACAGAAAAUGGACCAAGGAAGAAUUAUCAAAAAUACAGCCAUGAUGAGAGAGGCUGCAAGAAAAAUAGAAGAAAGGCAUUUUUCCAACUAUGCAACACAUGUUGAAUUUCUGCCUGUUGAGUGGCGGUCAAAACUUACUCUUGAUGGAGAUACUGUUGAUUCCAUUACUCCUGACAAAGUACGGGGUUUAAGAGAUUUGCUGAACAGCAGUGCAAUGGACAUAAUGUAUUAUACUAGCCCCCUUUAUAGGGAUGAACUAGUUAAAGGCCUUCAGCAAGAGCUGAAUCGAUUAUAUUCCCUUUUCUGUUCUCGGAAUCCAGACUUUGAAGAAAAAGGGGGUAAAGUCUCAAUAGUGUCCCACUCCUUGGGAUGUGUAAUCACUUACGACAUAAUGACUGGCUGGAAUCCAGUUCUACUCUAUGAACAGUUGCUACAAAAGGAAGAAGAAUUCCCUGAUGAACAGUGGAUGAGCUAUGAAGAAAGACAUCUUCUUGAUGAACUCUAUAUAACAAAACGACGGCUGAGGGAAAUAGAAGAACGGCUGCAUGAAUUGAAGGCAACGUCCAUAACACAAACACCUGCCUUAAAAUUUAAGGUUGAGAAUUUCUUCUGUAUGGGAUCCCCACUAGCUGUUUUUUUGGCAUUGCGUGGCGUCCGCCCAGGAAACACUGGAAGUCAAGACCAUAUUUUACCUAGAGAGAUUUGUAACCGGUUGCUAAAUAUUUUCCAUCCUACAGAUUCAGUAGCUUAUAGAUUAGAACCAUUAACAUUGAAACACUACAGCAACAUUUCACCUGUCCAGAUCCACUGGUACAAUACUUCAAAUCCUCUACCUUAUGAGCAUAUGAAGCCAAAUUUUCUCAACCCAAAAGAACCUACCUUAAUUUCAGAGAAUGAAGACAUAUCAACCAUACCAAACCCUAUGACCUCACCAAUCUUAUCCUGCCGACACUAUGGAGAAUCUAUAAGUAAUAUAGGCAAAGCAAGCAUAUUAGGGGCUGCUAGCAUUGGAAAGGGGCUUGGAGGAAUGCUGUUCUCAAGAUUUGGACAUUCAUCUGCAUUCCAGCAAUCAGAGACAUCAAAAGACUCAAUGGAAGAUGAGAAGAAAUCAGUUGCUUCUCCUCCUACUACCACCGCAGCAACCCAGACUCUUCGACAUAACAGUUCUGGCUUUCUUGAUUCUGCAUUGGAAUUGGAUCACAGGAUCGAUUUUGAACUCAGAGAAGGCCUUGUGGAGAGCCGCUAUUGGUCAGCUGUCACGUCACACACUGCCUACUGGUCAUCCUUGGAUGUUGCCCUCUUUCUUUUAACUUUCAUGUACAAACACGAGCAGGAUAAUGAUGCAAAACCCAAUUUAGAUCCCAUCUGAACUCUUGAAGGACAUUAAUGAUCCCAAACUGAUUUUUUUUCUGUUAAAAUAUGUGUGUCAAGAUAUGAAGAUUUCAGGGUUAAGUAUGUUCCAGUUUUGUUUGGGGCAAGAAAUAUUUGAAUUUAAAAGCACUUUGUUAAAAAAAACAUUUUCAGUUCUAAAGAAGUUACUUACAGUUCCAUAAUUUCGAUUAUGAAUCUGAUAGAACUCCCUGGAGAGAAGCAAGCAAGACCUGGAAGUGAGGAAGGUUUGGGUGAACUGCAUGUAAAGGUUAUAAAGUACAAUCGAAUUUCUCCAAGAUAUAAAAUCAUAUUAAUGGGUUGAAUCUAAUGUAUUAACCAAAAUAUGUUAUAAAUCUAAAAUGUUCAAGGUUCAAUGUAGUCUGUGUAAAGAUUACAGUGUGGUAUAUCAUUGUUUUAAAUUUCUAUGAAAUCUUCCAUUUUCACAAUUUCUUUGAAAGAAGAGAAACUAAUGCUAAACAAUAUUUGAACUAUUAUAUUUAUAAUUUAUGACUUCUGACUAAUUGCUUUAUUUCAGUGUAUGAAACAUUACAUUUUUUAAUGUUUCCUUUGAAUUAAUUUAAGAACCACAUUUAGUUUCUGUAGUGUUAAGACCCUUUUUUCCCUCAGAAUUCCAUCUUUGUACUCUUCAGAUGAACAUAUAGACACUGUGGCAUACUUUCAAUAUUUUUUUCAUUAAAAUCUUGUGUUUCAUAAUAAAUAAAUAAAUAAAUAAAUAAAACUCAAUCCAGUACUUACUCUUAUCCAGUAAGAAGGACUGUUAAUAUUAGCAUCUUUUUAUGAAUAAUUUUGUUAUAGUUAUAUAAUUAGUUAUAAUUGGACUUUAUAUUAGA